UUAGGAACUACAUCUUUUGCAGAAUCCCAUACGUGGACAUGGCGAAAUUGGUGACGACAUUCCAGUGGUUCACAUCCAGAAUCAGUCCCAGUCCCCAACAUUUCCAUCUUUCCGUCACCCCCUCACCCCGCUUACCCAAGCCAACGACCAGACAACCUACUAUGUACCUAAGUACCUAGGUACUACUUAAGUAGGUAAUAAAGCUGCCAUUUCAAUGUUGCUCACACUGUGCUGCAAGGUCUCACCUGUGCAUCAUAUCGUGUGUUGGCUCCAAGGUUUCCAGAACUUUCACUGUCCACAUCGGCACCUUGUCACUUCUGAUUAAUUGAACAUGCCCGUUGCAUGACCAGUAUGUGCUUGAAACAGGCUGCUUGAUAGCAUGUCUCAGUUGCAACACUGUUUGAGUCUUGCAGGCUGGUCAUUUCCUGAAGUCCUUCAGUGGCACGGGUCUGUGAUGAAGACAGUUGCAGAGCCAGGAACAUACAUCCAAUUAGCUGACUCGUCAAGCAGCUUCCUUCCUGGGUACACUUUGGAGAUACUAACAAGUGGGCUCGAGGGUGAGGCCCCAAGUGUGUGUGCUGGUUCUUUUUUUUGAUAUGCCCACUGUUGAUGGCUUCAAAGCUCAGCACUGAGAGAGAUACUGGGGAUCUGCAGACAGAGCCAAACUGCGCCUUCCAUUUCACAAUGGACCAUUUCAUGGCAUGGUGCAGGCCGGGUUGGCUGGACAAUCCACUAACUCCUCUAGCUGGCAUCAGAAGCCUUGCACCUCGACCGUCAGGAGCGAGGCACCUGGACUGGAGGCAGAGCCUAGCAACCCGGGAUGCCUGAUUUGAGGCAUAUGGUAGCGGUGACAAGUAACUGAACCCCUUGAACUGGCCAAGUAAGUUGAGACGGUACAAAGCCCAUGUGCAGCUAAGAUCCAGCUAGCAUACCUACGGCAAAACAAGCUCAGGCUGCCUUUGCAAAUUAGGCUUGGACAGAGGCACCAACAUUGAGUGAAUCGACAUUUGUGGAUAGAAUCCCAAAAUCCUAUUUCGUUCUUUCGCCCCGUACCACCAUUUCCAGGUCCCUGUCACAGAAAGGCAGCCGUAACGACACAGCAUUGUCCUGCAUUCUACAAAAUUGAAGUCAGCCUACCCACUUCUUCAAGUCUUUUUACCAGCCAGUUCUAUCAAAACACCAGAGCAGAAUGGAGCAGCCAGGACGUCAGCAGGGUGAUGGCAGCCCAGCACAGCGACAGGCUGGGGACCUGCCUCGGCCUUCGCAGCAAGAGGUGGAGGUGGUAGAAGUCGAGGACGACAAUCCAGGCACCAUGCUUACGAAGGAAGCCAAAGCGUACCUCUCCAAAGCCAACCAGGAAAUCAGGAAUUCCGAACUUUUCUGCGAAGACAUGCAGGCUGCAGUCAACGAGCUGAGCCAAUACGAUGGGAAAUUGUACCUUGAUGUGACUCAAGCAUGGGAUCUCAUCAAAGAAUAUCAAAAAGCGGCAAGGAACCAAUCGUGGAUUUACAUCUACAGCCAGCGACACAGCUGCCAUCGCACUAGGUACCACAUUCAGAAGAUGACAGAGCAGCUUUGUAUCUUUCGCGCACACCGAAACAGAAUCACGGACCUGUAUCUGGCGCAACUACCGCUUCCCCAGAAUCCAGACGCCCAGCGACUGAGGGAUCAUUUGGGCCGGCACAUGUCUCUGCUUCGAGAAGAUGUGAAGCGGCUUCUUCAGAUGGCCAAGGGCGAGCCUCCAGUCGACGGGAAUCAGGCUGGAGCUGCUGGACAAGCCGUGGGGCCAUCACAACCAGCAGCACGUCAAGGCUAG